AUGGAAUUAAACGAGCUAAAAAACUGUGUCUGGGCAAUAUCAAAAACAAGCUUAUGCAUCACUGCAAAAGAUAUCAGAAAUGGUUUAACUAUAAAAGAAAUCCCUAUCAACAAGCGUGGAAUCAUUUCUCCAUUAGAUUUAGCUUUGCUAAACGACAAGAUAUACAUUUUAGACAAUUCAAAUUUAUGGAGUGUUAAUAUUUGGACCCAUAAAAUCCACUUAAACGAGCUUGAAGUUCACAAUUAUCAUUCAUUAGUCGCAACUGAUAAAGAAAUAUACAUAAUUGGGAACGUCAGCUACAGGUUUUCUCCUAAAAGCAAACUAUGCAGAAUUGCAGAUAUAAAAAUCAAUGGAGUUUUAUUCCCAGGAAAAUGCUAUAUGAAUGGUAGCAUCUAUUUUAUAGGUGGAGCUAAAGAAUUUAUCACUGACAAAGUGUAUCAAUAUGAGUGUGCAACACAACAGACAAUAGAACUUCCGCUUAAACUUCCAUUAGGACUUGAAGCUUGUGGAUGCUUUCCACUUGAUAACAAUUUAAUGAUUGUAGGAGGAAGGACUGAGUCUUCAUGCUUAAGCAAUUUUUGCUAUUGGAUUGAAAUGGAAAACCAAAAAAUUUAUUUAGCACCAUAUUUGUAUAGAAAUGGAUUUUUUAGAAAUACAUCGUGCGCAAUGUCAGGGGAUUUGAUAGGAUUGAUGGAUGAAAAUAAAAAUUUGCAUGUUUAUAAUAAAAGACACAGCUCAUGGAAAUUUUAUUCGGAAUUUCUGUGGAAAAAAAGAGCAAACUUUAUUUGGGUAUGGAGAAUGGCUAAGAAAAAUAAAUGCCAAGGAAAUAUUGAUAAGCUGCCGCUGUCUCUGGUAAUGGAAAUAGCGAAAUAUUUUUAG